CAGCCGGCCAGGAUCAGUGUUGUCCUGACAGUGUAUCUCACCGCUCGCUACCCGACUUCCCUCCCUCACUGCGGCCGCCGGGUGUCUCCUGUGUGUAUCAGACGGCAGGCAGUGUUGGUGUUGUAUUCGUAUCUGAGCCGGUGUUGGCAAGGGAAGCUGUGACCGUCUUGACUGUGGUGUAGAAAAAGCUCCUACUACCUCGUGGGAGAUAAUAGCGGCCGGAAAUAGAUGCGGAGAUAGAAACUGGAAAUAGUGUGUGUGUUGUUAAGUGGAUACUGUUAUAAGAGGACUUGUGGUGUUACUUAAUAGUGCUUAUCUAUCGGUGACAACGGGGAAGUGAGUGCGUUUAUGUCCUCGUGGUAUUGAGGGUGUGUGAAGGUUGCUGUGAAGUGGAGUGGUAGAGGGGGUGGCAGCCAUGAUGGAUACCCUGGAAGUGGAGGUGGUGGAGCUGCCGGACACGCCCUCUGCUGGGAAGAGGCGGCGACCUGCCCCUUUGGAUUCUCCACCUUCUGCACCCUCUACCCCCGUGCCCCCUUCCCCCCCUGACCCCACCUCCCCCACGGCUGAGCCCACCUCCCCCACCGCUGACGGCAUGGAUCACCACCACCCACCGCCCUCCCCCUCCACCCCCACUACUGACAGCAUGGAUCACCAUCCACCGCCCUCCCCCACCACCCCUUCUACUGACAGCAUGGACCAACACCCACCUCCCCCCACCACCACAACUGACAGCAUGGAUCACCACCAUCCACCACCUCCCUCCCCCACCACCCCUUCUACUGACAGCAUGGAUCGCCGCCACCACCACCACCACCACCACCACCCACCGCCCUCCCCCACCACCCCCCCCACCUCCCCCACCACCCCCACCUCCCCCACCUCCCCCACCACCCCUGGACACGCCGGACGACGUCUCCCCAACAUCAGGAUCAAGAAACAGUACAGUAAAAUAUUCCGAAUUAAAACCAAGAUCCUACAGAACCUGGGCAAGGCAGACCGGACGGUGGACGAUGUGUUCGACGAGUACGAGAUCAACUUCAACAGACAGCAGACCAACGCUAACCGCCUACACAAAGAAGUUGCUAACUACCUCAGAUGUUGCAGAGCGUUGCACGGAGCCAGCAAGAGCUUGUUCGAGACACUGGCGGAGGUCUACGAGCCGGAGUGGGUGGGCCAUGAGCUGCUAUAUGCCCAGGCUCAAAACUCCGACAUGUUGUGGACUGACUUCUGCCACAAGCUCCAGGACCAGACUCUCACCCCUCUCACCGCCUACCAGCAGCAGUUCCCGGAGUUCAGGAAAAAGAUUGAUAAACGUGGGCGUAAAUUAGUAGACUAUGACAGUCAGCGACAUCAGCUGGAGAAUUUACAGAGGGCUGGCCGUCGAGACGAAUACAAGAUUGCUCGCAGUCGAGAUACUCUAGAAACUGCGCGUGUCACAUAUGAGGCUUUAAACAAGGAGCUGUACGACGAGUUGCCAACACUGUACGACCAGAGGAUCCCCAACGUUUCUUCCAGCCUCCAGGCCCUCUUUGCUGCUGAAGCCACUGUCAUGGCGGAGUCUAGCAAGGUUGCCAAGGAGCUAGAGGCUAUUGCAGAGAAACUAUCAAAGGAAUGUGCCAAAGGAACUUACAAGGUGAAGCGCGGAGUGGCCCCCCGUCCCCUCUCAGUCGUGGAACCCGUCUCCCCUAAGACCAUCAACUCUCCGUCCAUGUGGUAUGAUGGUGGGGCCGUAGAGGAGGGAGGCAACUCGCUCCAGUCACUGGAGGGAAACGAGGGCACCCUGGAUAUAACCAACACAGAGGAAAACCAAGAUUCCUCAGCCACAUUGGAACACAAGGAAUCUUAUAAACCUAUUCUGGAUUCAGUUGAGCGCACUCCAACCCCUCCUCCAAGUCCACUCCCACUUGAAAGCCCAACCAACGAUGCUGAUUCUGCUCCGAGUGCUCCUAUUGACUCCGAGCAUGAUACCAACAACCGUCCCACAAUUUCUGGCCCCGUUACCACUAACAAGGAAGAAACUGGCCGUCCUUACGAAGAGAUUGAAUUUGAAGACAAGAAGGUAAAUGGCACUGUGUCCCCACAGGCCAGAACCAACGGUGAAGUCAUUGGCACCAAGAUCCCACCAGCCGCUGGGUCGGCGCUCUGUAAUGGGCCUUCCUUCACGUCCCCCUUGGCUGAGCUGGACAAAAAGGUGGAAGAGAUCUAUGACAUCCCUGUGGAUGGAGGACUACAGCCAUCUGUAUCGGCAGGUGCGACCACAGAAGGACUACCACAAGGUGUGCUCUACCGUGUGCGUGCAACCUACAAGUACACACGUGAGGAUGUAGAUGAAAUUGGCUUCGAAGUUGGUGACACCAUCCAGGUGGUGGAGUAUGACGAUCCAGAGGAACAGGAGGAGGGAUGGCUGACCGGGAUCAAGGAGGGCACCCAGGAGAAAGGGCUCUUCCCUGCCAACUUUACCCGACCCAUCUAAGCUCUCCCUAUUCUCAAUAAAGUACUACUGAGAUUGGUUAAAAAAAAAAAAAAUUUUUUUUAACCAAGCUUGAGGUUGGCUUAUCUUAAGAUUCCUGUGUAGGAAGGCAGCAAAUCUGAAGUUUGGGUUGGUUAGUAGCUAAAAGCUGGUUCAUCUGCAAAUGUGUAGAUUGAAGCAAGCUGGUAUAUCAUCAUACCUGUAGCGAAAACAGGUGCAAGAGUUGAAAUGUGAAGCGUUAUUUUAAUAACAUUGAAGUUAGAGCAUAGUUUUUCAUAUGUUAAUUUGACAAGCCUACAAUGUAUCCUUAUGCCAGUCAAUACCCUUAAAUUUGUAUAGUGUUGUGAGAAUUUUACCCCAUAUCCCUGUCAUUUACUCAAUACCACAGUGUAUACUGUAUUGAUGCUCUAUAAAUAAUCUCCUUCAGUAGGUUAUUGCUCAUGUAAUUCAUAAAUGAAUGUUGCUAUAAAUAGCAGCGAGAUUUGUCCACCGAUUAGAAAGAGUCCCUUCAGUGCGCUGCAAGUGCAAUGAAAGCUGCGUAAAUAUGUGAUUUGCUGUUAGUCCACUGUUGUAUAAAUUGUAACCCUCAUCUUUAUAUCUCUAUUUUAUCCUAGUUUUCUAACAUUUGUAUUGAUUAGUAUAUUAUCAAGGCAGGUUAAUUGAUAAAUAAGGACCCCUAAAAAUGCAGCUAAUAUUAAAAACCCAAAUUCAACUGGUAGCUUGGGUUAAUUAUGAUGGACAGUGAGUUUCUCGUCAUGAAAGUGUGCAUGGACUUAUGUUAUUGACCAUUGCUUACUUUAUUUAUUGAUUUGAAUAGUUAUUAAGCCACUUGUUGUGUUUGUGAAUGUUUAUCAUAUGAUCUGAUAUCUAAAUACUCUUUAUUAGCUGAUGUAGUAUUGUUUGCAACUGGAAAGUAUAACUGGUAUAAAUAAUAAUAAUAAUAAAUGGGGCAUUAUCACCCAAGUAGAGCAGCCGGCUUGUACCAUUUAUGUGAAAUUUGACCAAUACGCAUUGCUGUAUCUGUGUUGGUUCACAUUUGUUUGAGCUUGCUAUUACAAUUCAAACCUUUCCAACUAAUGAGAGACCAAUAUAAUCUGGUAAAUCUAUUCACUGAAUAUUUGUUAAAUAGUUUUAUUGCUACAUGGUGCAGUUUCAGGGUCAGUCAUAAUGAAAAUUAAAAAACUAUAUAGCCACAAGCAGGAUACCAAACAUGCUCUCAGGUUGCUGCAAUAUUAUAUACAAAUGAGAUUCACAGUUUCUUGUUGACUUCAUCUCUCCUACUACACUUUAGUUGGCUUGUAACACUGGAGUGAUACAGUAUGUGUAAAUACUCAUGGCUAAGAAGAGACCUCCUGUAAAUAGUUUCCAGAUGUAAAUAAAAGUUUGAGAUGGAGUAUGUCGUAUAUAAAGAUGGUCUCUCAUGUAUGUAUAUAAUAUGGAUGAUAAUCCAACAUGUAUUGAAAGAUCUGAUUAUUGUUAUUUACUCACAGAAGUAAUGAAUCUGAAGGCAGAAUGCUCCCAGGCUGCUUAGCAAUUGUAUUUUGCUCUAAAUGUGUAUUAUACACUACAGUUUAACUUAUAUUUUAUACAAAAAUUGCAGAUUAGGACAGACAUGUGCCAUGACCCCACGGAGGUACUUAAUUAGUUACUAAUAAUGUAAGUGUAUGUAGUAUGCAUUAGCCUGCUAAUUCGACAGGUGUUAGUUACCCAAAUGACACAAUAUUGCAAACCCCUGAUGCCCUUCUAUGUUUUUAAUUGAGCUUUUGGUUACUUGAAUAAGUCCUUGUUAUAAAAUGUUCUAAUAGUGAAUUUGUGAUGACUCAAAGUAAGGUGCCUUUUACUGAAUACAGAGCCUGUGCCUUAGCUGGAUAAUUUUAUAAGAAAAUUUUACUAAUGAAUGAUGCCGUGCUGUUUGGCUGUUAGUUUCAUUCGCAUUAUAGUAAACUUGCCAUGUAAUUCAAUAUGCAAAUCCCUAUAAUCAUCAUCAUCCUCCCCCAUCCAUUUAAGCACUUGCAGUCAAGUUUCUCUUGAUAAGAGAGAGACUGUUUGAAAACCUUUAUAAGGUAGACUUGUUUAUUGAGAGGAGACAUAAGCAUUUGUGGUUUACAGUCUGCUAUAAUAGUAUAUGCAGCUUUGUGCCAUGUUUUACUGUCACAGAUUUGGGCUAAAUUUGUCAUGCCUCUGCCCAAACCAACAAGUAUCGAGCAAAUCUUGUUAUGGUUAGGUUUUGGAGCAAAUUUUGUGAUAAGCCUGUGAACUGGAGGAGGAGAGAGGUUACAUUAUGAGUGUCAAAUAUCCAGCAGCAUCAGUAAUGUGUCUUGCCCCAUAUCCCUGUUUUAGCCCCCCCACUAGCAACACCAGAACAACUCGGCACGUACUCGUAUAAUUUAAUAUAUUAACAUCAGUGCUAAUAAACAAAAUAUGAAUCCCAGGAA